UCAGCACCCGCCCCUUCCCGCUCCUUCCCGCCCCGGGGCAGGGCGCAGGCGCCGCGUUCAGCUCGCGUCGCUAUGGUCGUCGCUGGCGCUGCGACCCCGCCGUCACCGGGCGCUAUGCGGGCUCCGCUGGCCCUGAUGGUGUUAACGGUGCUGCUGGCGCCCAGCCGGAACGCGGCCUCCCGCCAGGAGCGGCCGCCCACAGUGCCUUCACCAUCAGGGACUGAAAUCACAUCCAGAAAUUUCAGAACUAUCUUGAAGUGGCAGUACCCGUCCAUGUCUGAAACUCCUCGCUUUGUUGUUGAAGUCAAGCCUUACGUUAUAGGCUACUAUAAAACUGUCUCAGCUUGUGUGAACAUCUCAGCUACUUCUUGCGAUCUGUCAGGGGAAAUAGAGGACAGUUCUUUUUCCUACUGGUUUCGUAUUAAAGCUAUUGUUGGAUCACAACAGUCUGAGUAUGUUGAGACAGAUGAGUUUGUUUUGCGAAAGCAUGGAAAAGUUGGACCACCAAAGCUGAAUCUCUCAAGGCAUGGAGCUGAAAUCAUAGUUGAUAUUUACCCUCCUGAAUUUCCAUCUGUGGAGGUUCAGCCUUGGAUUGAAAAGAUUUAUUCAGAUCUCUCAUACUUGGUGAUCUUUAGGAAUAGUGAAAAUGAGAGUUUUACAGAACACUGUACAGUUUUAGAGUACACUGGGGCAGACUAUGAGACGAGUAAAUGUAACCUAGCCAUCCCAGUUCCUUCUGAAGGUUCUACGUACUGCGUUUCGGCAACAGGACAUUUUUAUGAUGAUCUGAUAGUUGGUGCCCCAUCAAAUGAAAGUUGCAUUUGGGUUCCUCCCCAGAACGAGGCUUGGAGUACAGAAGUUGCUAUAAUUUUAUCUACAAUUCUACUGAUUGUGGGCCUAAUUUUGGCAGUGUGUUAUGGCUGCAAGAGACUAAGGAAGAAAAACAUAAAGCUGCCUAAAUCUUUGGUCAGUGUGAUAAGAAACCUGAACGCAGACCACAGCUUCGAAUCAAGAUCAGAAGCAAAAGACAUUUGUGCAGUAAGCGUCGUGCCAGUCCCAUCUGUGAGUGUCCCAUCAUCAAUGAAUGAUGAUGAAGCCUUGCUGAAUGUGGAGUCAGAAGAAGAAGCUGUUACUCCUGAGAAUUUCAGUGAAGGAACAUCUUCCGGUCCUCCUCUGGAGGCACUGGACAAAGUGGAAGAGACCUCUGUGCAGGAGAAUACAGAAGCACAUUCUGGUGUUACACAGAAUCAUAAAGAAAAAGAAAACAAUUUCAUUUCUGAUAGUAGCCAAACAGAUGUAUGUAGUAACUCCUCAGGUCCAGCGGUUUCUGCCACGGAAAUUCGACAAGCAGUCAUUCCAAGCAGCUGUCCCAAGUUUUCUGGCUAUGACAAGCCUCAUGUGCCGCUAGAUAUGUUGAUAGACGUUGGUGAAGAACAGCCUGUGAUUGCAUACAGAUCAACUGAAUAACUGGGAUAGCUGAAAUGCUUAACCAGAGCUCAUAAACAGCAGCAUUACCGAAGAGAAUGAAGAGCCUGGGCUAUGUUUUGAAUGUCUGCAGGUUGUGCUUGUACUGAUGGAAACAGCACAACCCGUAUUCAUCUUAACGCAAUGGAAUCUUGAGAUGGAACUGAGAGUAGUGCCUGAAAACUGUAUGAAAACUUGGGGGAAAAAUUCAUAAUAACCUGUCUCUUACAAAAAAGAUUGCAUGUAGGACAUGGCUUCCUUUUUCUUUUUUGAACAAAAUAGCUGUGUUGAUUGAACAGUACUCUGUGAAGAGCAGAGGUUUUAUGAAGGAGUGUAAAAAAACAGCUGCUGUGUCACCAACUCCCUUCUGUUUCAAAUACUUCUCAAAGUUCAUGAACUAAAUGCUUAACAAGUCCUUGGUUAUGACAGAGAUGUGCUAGAAAAACUAACCUUUUUUUUUUUUUGGAGCUAUUUUCUUCCUUAUAUUUGCGUUCUCCAAAGUGCUUGAAGUACUAGGAAAUCCUAGUAUUUCCUUUAAGUAAGGAUGUACCUGUAACUUUUUCCUGUGUCACUUAAGAAUUUGAUUCCGUGGGCCAAGAUCCAGUCAUUGAUGCUCUUUUCUGCAACUGCAGAUGUGUACCAGAGCCAUUACUUAGCGCUUUUCAGUGAGGAAACAUUAAACCUUUUUUUUUCUUCAAAGCACAAGUCUUAUGAUGUGAAAAGCAGUUCUUUAAAGUGCUGUUAUUUCUGUAUAGCUGCAUCCAGCUGCCUACGUGUGUUGUGUAAACACGUCACGUUCUGGGUGACUCCCGUAUAGGCGUCCUAGCUGUCCGUAUUGGAGUGGCAGUGGGGGGAAAAGAAGCAUGUAACAGGCACAGGCAGUUACACAGAUUCUUUGGGAAGAGUUUUUUCCAAACGGAUAAGCCUGCUUUCCUCUAGAGCGUUUUUUUUCCUAAAUCUUAGAAGAAUAUGGGGUUUUCUAAUAGAAACCAACAUUACUUCUGCCGCUCACAUCUUGCAGCAAGUUAAAAAAUGACAGAAAGGCAGUGAGUGAUUUUCCUGACGUAACUCAGGAACUACACCAAACUGUAAAUACUCUAAAAUACAUCUCAAGACAACUGAAAAGUAGUGUGAUAAUUUGAACUUCUUACAUCGCUUUCGUCUGCUCUGGGUGUUGUUGUGCAAGAUAAUAAUUUUGAAAAGUAAAGGAUGUGACUUUUACUUUUUUUUCUAUUUAAAAACUUCGUAAGUCUGAUGCCUACGAACCAGUUAUUUGCCCUUGAAUCCAGGUUUGCUGGUGUUUUUUUUAAUCUGUUUGUAGGAAAUGUUUAUGACAGGACUUAAAGGUUAGUUUGAAGAAAUGGGAUAUUUUUACAGGCAGUAAAACGCACACUUAAGGUAGUGCAUAUAGAAAAUUGUUUUAAAAGAUCAUUUUUGUAGGCAUCUCAGAAGCAUUUGCUUGUUAUAGCAGGAUGUUUUAAAGGAAGGGGUAUCGUUGUACUUUUGUCCUUAUGUUUCUCAGUGGCAUGAGUAUUCCUAAUGUAAAUCUUCCACGGCAGCUACUGGAGUGCUUCCUUUCCUGCAGAUGGCUGACAUGAACCACAACUGUAUGUGCUCAGUUCCCAAAGGUUUAAAGACAGUAGCUAUUUUUUCCCUUCACUGUUCACAGGAAAGUAACAGUUCCAUCAGUAGUAUUUUGAUAAUUUUAGGAAAAACCAAAUCAAACAGCUGAAUUCUGUAACUAUGGAAUAGUGGAAAACCCAGCUAGAAAGAUUUGUGUUACUUGGCUGUGGUUUAUUCCUUUGUUACAGUCAAGUGUAGUGAGACCCCAUGGUAAGUUGUUUUUUUGUCACGUUCGGUUUGAGUUCCUAGAAGGCGUUGCAAGUGAAUUACUGCUCAGAGUCCGCUAACGUGUAGAUAUCUUUACUGCAGCAGUGAAGAAAACAACUCUUGGUGUUACGCGAAAGCUUUGAAAGUCAGAAGUAACUUGCAGUCUAACCUUCAGCUAAGCUGACUUCUCAGUUGAUGACAUGGUUCACCACUGACGUGUGCUUUUAGCAGUCUGUUCUGCCAAGGAGAUGUCUCGUGCAGAGCUUCAAGGUGCUUUCAUUCUUUCUGUGUCAUUUCUUUCAGGUUUUGUUGGUUUGUUUAUAAAUAUGAACUGCAGGGAAUAUCUCAGGACUUAAAUUUUAGCUACGUGCCAAAAUCUAACUACAUCUGACUCAAGGCUCAGAAGGGUGAAGUAGUGUCUUAGAAAUCAUCGGGUUAGCUUAUUUUUUGGAAGGAAGUUUGUGAUCAGAUAUUAAUUUGUUGAGCGACUCUUUCCUUUGCUAAUGCUCAGCACGUUUCAGCUUAGCAUACUUGGCACCUUAUUUUCCUUUUCUCAGCUUUGUCCUAAACUGUUGCUGUACUCCAGGAAGAUCAAGAUUUGGCAGUAGUGGGCAUUCCAUUUAGUGUGCCUGCCUCAAAACCCUUUUGUCAUAAGUAUGUAAGUUCUUGGAAUCGUUAGCUUUACAUUCUUAACUCCUUGUUGGAACGCUGGCACUGUUAGAAAAAUUACUGCCUGACACUAGGCAUCUUAGGGAGCUAUUCUGUUCACACGGCUCUAAGUAUUUUCUAUUCUGGUAAAGUAUUCCCUUCUGUUUAAUUUUUGCCGCGGUGCUGGAAGAGAAAUGGUAUUUUUUACCUGUUGGAGAGCAGGCAGAUAUAUUUUAGAACCAAGUGACCUCAUUCUUUUUCUUUCCCACCACUCUUUCAAACUACUGCAUUAUAUGUUGUUUCUUCUGGAUUGUUCAAGACGCAUGGAGUCCUGUGUGAGCAGAAGGCCAGCCAGGUGCUAGGGUAUCGUUCAGAAUAGGAAGGCUAACAUCAGAAACAACACAGAAAUAUAUCAUGACUAUAUGGGAAGAAAAUGGCGUGGUGAACAGUUAUAUAUAAUGGAAAAGCAGUCAUUCUCUAGCCUGAAAAUCAAGUACAGGAGAAAGGGAAUUUUAUGCUACACGACCGAGGUCUGUGUGCCACCUUCUCUGCAGGUAUCAGUCUGCGUGCUGUAUAUUGGAAGCCAGUGAUGUGAGGAUUUCUCAGGUGUUGCAGCUGCUCCGGACGUCUUGCAGGUUUUGUAACUGUGGUGUAAAGAACUUUCAGGGUGUGCAAAGCACCAGGUGUGUUUCUUUGGUAGCUGUGACUGAAAACGUGAGGCCACAGUGAGAGAAGAAUGCUCUGUGGACCAGUAAGCUUCAUUUUCCCUAGUCCUUUCUACAGCAGUUGUCAGCAGGAAUAUUAAGAGCGAGACUAAGAACAGGGCAAGUGCAUGACAGCAUUUCUGCUAGGAUACGAUCUGGCUACCGACAGCUGCAGUGUGAAACCUUUUUGGAGCAAGGAACAUGUGGCUCACCAGCCACAGUGUUGCUUUUGCGGCUCUAUAGUACCAAAAAAUUGAGCCGUUGUUGUUUUGAAGAUGGUAUAGGUAAUAUUUAGCUAUACAUUUUCAUUUAACUAUUAAAUGUAUUUAAAGGGAUAAGCUCAUAUUCUUUUGGUGAAGGCAUAGUUUAAGUUCCCAAAUACUUGUUCAUAGCACUUACGGAUAUCAAGAAGCCUAACACUUGCAGGGCCAAAAGCACUUAACACGCAUGCUACUUACUGCCAUAAAAUAGCAGCUAUUCAGUAUGACACACGGGGAAGUUUUCACCACUUUCGCCUGCUUUGGGUGAUUUUUACUCUUGUUAUGGAUGCUCAGCCUUCUUCUCUUCCAGUCUCUUAUAGGAGAUGUGGGAGCUGAUGGAGUGUAAGAUUUCAGAACAUUCUAUUCUUUGUAAAACCACAUGCAUCGCAGACUUCGGGGCUAAUACCUGGCAACUUCUUCUAAGAGCUGCUUUCUCUGUCCUUUUUGCACAGACGCUGUAGGGUUUGAUGCUCUGUAGUUAGAAUCAUAGAGUCAUUUGUGUUGGAAGGGACCCUUAGAGGCCGUCUGGUCCAACUCCACUGCAAUUAAAUGCUGCAGCAGUACUCUGUGCUGGUGCAGAAGCGUAAAAUGUUCUGGUUUUAUGGUUUUUCUACAUAAAUAAUGUAGCUUGAAAAUAGUUAUUUACGAAUCUCUUGGCGUCUGUGGAAACAAAAUGUAGUGUCCGGAUUGCUUAGAUAAGUUUGUAUGUAGUCCGUCACUAGUCUGGAUUCUGGGAAAUGAGGCGUCAUUGGAAAACCUGUUUCUCUCAAUUAAGGCUUGAAAUAACUGACUACUUUGAAAUGGUGCCUUGUAAACAGUAUUAGUAAAUGGAGCUGUUGCACUUCAUUCACAUUGGUAGUUCCAGCAUGUCUUUUCUUAAAUGCGCAUUUUCAUCUUCCAAGUUACGGAACCCAAAAUACAGAUUUCCUAUAGUGGCCUGCAUAGAUUUUAAGUGUAGCUUUUAAAAAAUCAGUCCUUUGAAUAGCGAGUCCACGUUUGUUCCUACACUCUGCGUUCUUGAAAUGGACGCAAGCACUAGACUGUGUGGCACCUCCUCAGGUCUGCACUUUGUUCUUCUCCCCACACUGUCAUUGCUCCUCCUCCAUGUCUAUCUAAAGACUCCACAAAGCCACCAGGCAAUGUGCUCAAGCAGUUGUCAUCUUUAGAAAGCAUUUUCUUAGUGUGUAACCCAAGUCUUCCUAUCUUCAGAAACCAUCUGCAGUGAGCCUCUCCAUUUUUUUUAUUACCGGUGUAAAUACUCUGUAUUGAAAAUGUUUGUUAUUAAAAAAAUCUCAAAAGACAAA